CCGAUCUGAUUUUCUUCUCAUUCCGCUGAUUAAAAGUCUCAGUCGACGCGUAAAUUCUGAACUUUACGUGUAGCUAAAUUAUAAUUGUGGCAAAACAGAGACAGGGAUUUACGAGAGGCAAUUAAUCAAGAAAUGGCAGUAAAUCCUAGGGUAUUGAAGUUAGCGCUGGGGAUAAUGGCGGUGUGCUUGGCAGGAUACAUAAUUGGCCCGCCUCUGUAUUGGCACUUCGUGGAAGGAUUAGCUGCUGUAAACCGCUCUUCCUCCACUUGUGCUCCAUGUAUCUGUGACUGUGAUUCCGAGUCCCUUCCUUUCAUCCCCCUAGGACUGAGUAAUAUAUCCUUUGCAGAUUGUGCAAAGCACGAUCCAGAUGUGAGUGAAGACACACAGAAGAACUUUGCAGAGCUAUUGUCCGAGGAACUGAAGCUGCGAGAAGCUGAAGCAUUGGAAAAACAGCAGCGGUCCGACGUGGCACUGCUUGAGGCCAAGAAGAUGACAUCCCAAUAUCAGAAAGAGGCAGACAAAUGCAAUUCCGGGAUGGAAACAUGCGAGGAGGCAAGGGAAAAAGCUGAGGCUGCUUUAUUUGCACAGAAGAGACUGACUGCUGUAUGGGAGCUUAGGGCACGCCAAAAAGGAUGGAAAGAGGGAGUUGCCAAGUCUCGUGCAAAUGUACAGGCUAUAUGACUUCCCAGUGCGCUGUAUCAAAUUAGCACGGGAUGCUGCAUCUGCAUAGUAACAAGUUCUCAAUUUCUUGUCUUGGCUCGAAAGGGGGCACAAGGCCUUAGUACCAUCCGAAAUUGGAUCAUAUGAUUCAGCUUCGUAUAGAGGGUCAUUUCUUCUUCUCCAACAAAGCAUCUUUUGUGCUAUAAGGUGCCAUCUCAAAAUUUACCCAAUAUAUCUAUUUGUUUGAAGUAAAUUGUUAAACAAGAAAGCGAGAAACCUUCCACAUGCACAUCAGGAACUGGAAGUUCAUUAGACAGACAGUUUGCUUAUAUAUAUGGAUAACUUGAUAAAUAUAAAGAUAGUUCUAAAGGUUAAUGAGUUCA